ACAACUUUUCGCCUAUAUCUACUCUAGGUCUGUAGAUUCUAGGUCUAAUCUAGAUCUAGAGUCUAGGUAGAUUUGUCAUUUGUUUUGGAACACAUUAAUCGUUGAUUUCGUCAACAUGUCACUCCAUGUCAAUGACAGAUUCUCUACUUGGGAGGAUUUCUUCCGCGCCGUCGAGGCUUAUUGCGAUGAAACACACCAGCCCAUGGUGAAAAAAUCUUCCAAAAAAUACAUCCCAGAUCCUAAUGAAGAAGGCCAAACCAAGUACCCAGCCAUGCUUUAUACGUAUUAUACCUAUAAAUGCACACAUCACGGCAUCUUUAAACCACGGGGAGAGGGUAAAAGAAAAACAGCAUCAUUAAGAGAAGAUUGUAAAGCCAAAAUUCAUGCAAGUUUGACCAAAGACAAAUCAGCCCUUGUUGUAAGAGAAUUAAUGGAUACUCACAAUCAUCCAAUUGGAGAGGAUUUGUACUGCAGGUACGCCCAAAACAGGAGACUUAACAAAGAAGAGAAACAACGGGUGGCGGAGCUGCACAGGCUCAAUGUUCCAACCAAGCUGAUAGUACAGGAAAUCAGGUCUAUGAAUGGGAAACCUAUCAUGAAGCAGGACAUUUGGAAUGAGAGGAUGAGAUUAAAAAACCAGGGCAAGUUUUCAACAGUUUGGCCUGAUGAACAAAACAACAUCCAGCUGGUAAUGGACGUUGAGGACGAGGAGGCUCGUGAGAAUAGGGCGAAGCUAGAUAAAACCUUGAGCUGUUUGCUGAUUAAAUCUCUGUGUGAUAAUUUCUUUCAAAAGUUGGUUACAUUAGGGGCCGAUAGGCUAGGGUAUUAUGUUAGUUUGUUCCAGCAGUUUCAAGGUUUGUUGAAUAGGGAUAUGAAUUUUAAGAUAGUUCCCGAUGAACUUUCGUCAGCUGGCAGUAGCUGCGACACAGCGAUUGUUAAAAUAGAAAGUGUGAGUGUGGAUAGUGUUGUGGAUCAGAUUGUCGUGGAGGGCCUCAAUACGGUGCAGGAGUAUGUUGUUGCUGAUGUUACGGGUAUAGAUUGUGUUGGUGAGGUUGUAUGCGACACAGCGGGUGGUUCGGAUGCUGGUAAGCCGGUGCAGAAGGUUGCGAAGAAGAGGGGUCGGCCCAGGAAGAUUGUGAAUAUAAACUGUGGUAUAUGUGGUUUGGAGGAACCUGAUAAAAAGGUGGCUGUGUGGGUAGGGUGUGAAACCUGCGCUCGAUGUUUUCAUAGUGUGUGUUUGAGUGAUGUUGAUAUAAGCAAAGGUUAUGUCUGUGGUUAUUGUAAUAGAAAAAGAGCUAGAGCUAGUAAUACUUAGUUAAUCCUUUUUUUAUGUU